GGGGUUUCUUUUGUCUUUCUUUUUUUUUGGUGAGUUUCUACCUUGACUUUGAUACACAAGUAUAGAAGGUAGAGAAGAUGUAUGGAGUGGGACGUUCGGCGAUCUUUUUUUUUUCUUUCUUUCUUUUUGCUUGCUUUUCACACACCUAUUACCUCGAUAACUUUCUUUUCUUUCUUUUGUUCUUUCUCUUUCUCCCCUUUGCACAUACAUCCACUACCCAAGUACAGUUUUUUGGGCCUGGUAAGUAGACUGAUUGUACUCUACGGGGUAAAGAAGUGGGUCUGGCAAUAGCCUCCGUCUUUCCAUUUCAAUAUUUGAGGGCGUUGGUGGUUGGCUGCUUGGUCAGCUUGUCCUUGACUAUUCGAUUGACUAUGUGACGAAG